UGGAGGCGAGAGUGGAGCCUGGUCAAGUCCGGGGGCCUGGCGAGUAAAAUCGGCCCACGAGUGAGGCCAAUGCAGGUGGCCAUGAACGGAAGAGCCCCCAAAGAGGCGGUGCAGGCUGCAGCCCGGGAGCUCCUCAAGUUCGUGAACCGGAGUCCCUCUCCUUUCCACGUUGUGGCGGAGUGUCGCAAUCGCCUCCUCCAGGCUGGUUUCCAUGAACUCAAGGAGACGGAAAGCUGGGAUAUCAAGCCCGAGAGCAAGUACUUCCUGACCAGGAAUUCCUCCACCAUCAUCGCUUUUGCUGUGGGAGGCAAGUAUGUUCCUGGCAAUGGUUUCAGCCUCAUUGGCGCCCAUACGGACAGCCCCUGCCUUCGGGUGAAACGGCGCUCUCGCCGCAGCCAGGUAGGAUUCCAGCAGGUUGGCGUGGAGACCUAUGGUGGUGGCAUCUGGAGCACCUGGUUUGACCGUGACCUGACCUUGGCUGGACGCAUCAUUGUCAAGUGCCCGACCUCAGAUCGGCUGGAGCAGCGGCUGGUGCAUGUGGACCGGCCCAUUCUUCGCAUUCCGCACCUGGCCAUCCACCUACAACGAAAUGUCAAUGAGAACUUUGGGCCCAACAUGGAGACGCACUUAGUCCCCAUUCUUGCCACAGCAGUCCAGGAGGAGCUGGAGAAGGGGACUCCUGAGCAAGGACCUCUCAAUACUGCAGAUGACCGGCACCACUCGGUCCUCAUGUCUCUUCUCUGUGGCCAGCUGGGGCUGAGCCCCGAGGACAUCUUGGAAAUGGAGCUCUGCCUUGCAGACACCCAGCCUGCGGUCCUGGGCGGUGCUUAUGAGGAGUUCAUCUUUGCGCCUCGACUGGACAACCUGCAUAGUUGCUUCUGUGCCCUGCAGGCCUUGAUUGAUUCCUGCGCAGCCCCUGCCUCCCUAGCCUUGGAUCCCCAUGUGCGGAUGAUUGCCCUCUACGACAACGAAGAAGUGGGGUCUGAGAGUGCCCAAGGGGCACAGUCACUGCUCACAGAGUUGGUGCUGCGGCGGAUCUCGGCCUCACCCGUGCACCUGACGGCCUUCGAGGAAGCCAUACCCAAGUCCUACAUGAUCAGUGCAGACAUGGCCCAUGCUGUGCACCCCAACUACGUGGACAAGCAUGAGGAGAACCACCGGCCCUUAUUCCACAAGGUGAGAUGCUCCUGUUUCUUGUUAAGGACUUACCAGCUUGGCUGGUUCUGGGCCCCCCUCUGCCUCACCUUCGACUCCUGGUUUCCCUCUCCCCAGGGCCCUGUGAUCAAGGUGAACAGCAAGCAGCGCUAUGCCUCGAAUGCGGUUUCAGAGGCCCUGAUCCGCAGGGUGGCCAACAAUGUCGGGGUACCCCUGCAGGAAUUCAUGGUUCGGAAUGAUUCCACCUGUGGGUCCACCAUUGGCCCUAUCUUGGCUUCUCGGCUGGGGCUGCGUGUACUGGAUUUAGGCAGCCCACAACUGGCCAUGCACUCCAUCCGGGAGACAGCCUGCACCACAGGAGUGCUCCAGACCAUCACCCUCUUCAAGGGCUUUUUUGAGCUGUACCCUUCUCUGAGCCGUAACCUCUUAGUGGAUUGAGGCCUCUUGGAAAGACUUCUCUUGCACUCGAGAGGGGAAGUUCUCAGCUGAGCUGAAGCUGGAUUAUUAAA